UUUCUCGUCCCCGUUUCCGUCCCCGUUUCUGUCCCCGUAUCCGUCCCGGUGCAUCAUAGUUUGUUAUCCUUGCUGGUGUUGGUUUUCAUUUCAGGUACUACUGCAGCUGCUAAGCUCCUGAGAGGGAAUGGAGUCACACUUUUUAAGGUGCGAGAUGAGACAAUUAACCUGCUAGGGAAAUCAGACAUGUACUUUUUCAGCCCGGAGCAUCCUCCUCUUACUGAACCGGCUGGAAAGGCCAUUGACUGGGCCGUUGAUGAAAAGAAGAAAUCUGGUAUGGAUGGGGAACUAAUCACUGUUUACUUUCUCUUGGGGAUUUGGUUCCAAAAAGAUUCAGCACGAUGCCAGACUUUGGAAAAACUUCGGUUCAACUACGAUAAGGCCAAAGAAGUUGCAAAAUAA